UCACUCUUGCCACACUUAGAGCUCCCACACCAUCCCACAAUCCCCCUGGGGAAGAGCAGCUCUGCGGGUUUACGCCGUCCUCUGCCCGGUGCCUGAGUCUGGUCUGGCUGGAGUCUGUCGGGAGCAUCUCUGGGCCUGGGAACAUCCUCUCUGAUGCCAGAUCGAACCGCAUCCAGAUCUAGACGCCCUCCACCCAUGAGCUCCACCUGAGCCUGAGGACGCCACCGCCACUGCCGCUGACCCCUCCCACCUCCCCUAGCCUUGCAGGAUUUACUCUGACGUUCAACCGGUUUCUUGGUUUUUCUUGAAAAGUCAAGUCUUCGAUGAUGCUUUGGGGUUUGGGGCUCUUGCUGCUGUUCGUCCUUCCUCCACACGCUGCUGGAAUCAAAGAGAGCGGCGUUCAGGCGCUGACCCCCGGUGCCGUUGGCCCCGUCCGAUUGGCCGAGCUGCUGAAGACGUCCGCCCGCAGCAGAAGGACGGGGGUCGAAGCGGGUCGACGCCGGACCAGGAGGUCUGUGUUCAUGCACUCUGGAGUGAGGAUCUGCCCCCAGGAGACCAUCAGCCAAGUCCUGGCCAGUCAUCAGGCCUACUACCAGCUAAGAGUUUGUCAGGAGGCCGUGUGGGAGGCCUUCAGGAUCUUCUUGGACCGGAUCCCUGGGACGACCGAGUACCAGCGAUGGGUCCACACGUGUCAGCACGAGUCGCUGUGCAUCUCUGACCUGGCCAAGAACUUCAGCAGCUCAGACGAACACAUGAGCAUGGUUCAGCGGAGGAUGAGUCGGAUCCAAGACCGCAGACCGCCGCCGCCACCACGGGGGGUGGUGACUCCAGCGCCCCCACCGAAGCUCCCACAGAUCACAGGUCCAGAAGCUCAGACGUUUCCUCCCUCUGCCGCUCCGCCACCCGACACCGCCGCCGCCGCCACCACCUCUGUUGUCCUCGUGGCAAUGAGUGCCUCUCCAAGCCCCGCCCCCGAGCCGACUCAGCCACCAGAGGACGUGGAAGAGGACUCGGACCUGCCCAACGUGGUCCCAGAGGGUCCGGUGGAGCAGACGGUGGAGUUCAGCAUCGACCUGGUGGACCCGGGUUACAGGGAGCUGCUGGACGACCGGGACUCGCCCCAGUACGUGGACCUGGCCCAGCACUUGCAGGACCAGAUGCACCACGCGUUCGACAAACUGCCCGGGUUUAAGGCCAUCCAUGUGCUGGGGAUCAGCGAGACCCAGGACACUGACGGACCCGGGGGAAUCUCCGUGCACUACUCUCUGGUCUUUGACAUUAAUUCGCCUGAAAUGAACUCGGAGGAUUCUGCGACAGAGACCGGUUCGCCCCGGCCCUCGUCCGAGCGGGGCCUCAGGGAGAUGGUGACGAAGGCUCUGAGGGAGGAGGCGUCGCUGCCCAUCGAUCUGAACUCCCUCAGCUUUGAAGCAGAAUCCGUCCUCCCACCAGCGCUGACAUCUACCUCUUCAGCUGAACUAGUAAAUGAGUCCAGUGAGCCUGACUCGCACAACGAGUUUGAGGUCGUCACCGAGGAGCCGGAGGUGGAUAAACCCCGGCUGGUGGUCCCCCUCACCCCCUUGGAGAAAGAGAACGCCCUGGUGACCCUGCUGGAUCCCACGGCGGUCCCGGAUGACGACGACAGUGAUGAUGGGUUGGCGGCGGUGAUUGUGGAGCCGGGGGAGGGCGGCGAUCAGCCCCCGGUCCCAGACGACAUUACCGAUGAGUCAGAGGCAAUUUCUGAGAGUCAGCCCGAGCCGUCAAAUCAAGAGGAGGAGGAAGAAGAACUGCUGAUCUUUUCGCAUAAGAUUGAAACCAUUCAUCAUAGCGAAACGGGAGAACUUGUGAGAGACUACGUCCUGACGCCUCCCACGAUAAUCGAGCUGGAGACGGAUGCUCCAUACAUCAGUCUGUCUCCAAACCUGUUACCUGAGGAAGACCGGAGUCCUGUCGACAAAGACGAUGCCAGUUUGAAUAUUGUUCAGCUUCUAGCGACCACACAGAUGGUAUUAACCCCAGCCCCCGCAGAAGAGGAGUUCACAACGCUGGCAGACACCACAGAACAGCCGCCCACUCAGCCAAUCACAGUCCUCAAACAAGAUGAAGCAGUGAACGCCCUCCCAGAUGAGGAGGAGGAGGAGGAGGUCCAUCUGGUACUCCCUGAGGUUCAUGACCCUGGGGUAUCAAUGGUAACAGACAAAGAGGAAACUUCAGACCUAGAAGCUGAAGUUGAACCUCUAGAACCUGAAAAAGACCUUGACGUACUUGAGAUUUUAGAGCCAACACCUGAGCAAAUUGAAGUUUUUGUACCAGAAGUACUUGAAGAAAGUGAGGAGGAGGUGGUGGCUGCAGAGCCAGAGGAAAAAGAUGAGGAGCUUGAAGUCAUGGAAGUUUCUGAAGCACCACCACCACCAGAAUCAAAGCCAGAAUCAAGCGAAGUUAAGGUUUUGAAGGAAACGGAGCCAGCUUCGGAACCAAAAGAAGAAAUAGUUGCUCCUACAGAAGAGGUUGAAGAACUAGAACAGGGUAUAUUUGAGGUGUUGUAUCCAUCACCAGAGACUGACAUUAAAAUUUUUGAGGGUUCUGAAGUAGUUCCAGAGGAAGAUGGAGGUUUGGUCAUUUCAGAAGUUGGUCCUGAACCGGAGGAAGGUGGGGUUUUGGUGGACGUUUCAGAAGAAGAAGAGGAGAAAGUAGUUGAACCUGCCAGAUCUGAAGAAGCAGUUCUGGAAGCAGAGGAAGUUGAGGACACGAUAUACGUCAAACCGGUUGAAGAAGAGAUUGUUGUGGUACCAAAACUUGAGGAUGAAGUUGUAGAAUCACAAAAGGAAGAGGAGGCAAAGAUUCCUGAACCAGAAGUAAUUCAGGUUGAAUCUCCUUCAGAAGACGAGGGUGUUGUUGACACAGCAGAACUUAAACCAGAACCAGAAGUGCCAGAACCUGAAGUUAUAGGAGCUGGAGGUGAGGUAGGUGAGGAUUCAAAAGCAGAGCCAGACCAAGAGGUAGAGGUUGUAGAGGUGGAGGUGUUGCCUCCAGAACUAAAACCAGAACCAGGAACUCCAAUACUUGAAGUGAUAGAAACUGAGACUGAGGUAGUGGAAGCUCCAAAACCAGAGCAGGAUCUGGGUAAGGAUGCAGAACCAGAUGAAGCAGUAGAGAUUGUAGAACCAGAACCACCAGUGCCUGAAGUGACAAAAACUGGGGUCAAGGUUGUUGAAGAUGUGGAAAUGGAGCAGGAUCUGGGUAAAGACGUAGAACCCAGUGAAGUGUUUGUCAUUGAGGUGUCUCCAGAACCAGAACCAGAGGAGGGUGUAGUUGAGGGUGUUAAACCAGAAGAAGAGGUAGUAAUACUACCAAUGCCUGAGGAGGAACCAGUGGACGUCUCAGAACCAGAACCAGAGAAUGUUUUGGAACAUCUUCCACAAGAACCAGGGGAGGAUAUUGUUGAAGAUGUUAAACCAGAAGGAGAAGUAGUGGUGGUUCUAGGACCUGAGGAAGAACCUGUGGACAUUGCAGAACCGGAACUCCCAUCAGAACCAAAAGAGGAAGUAGUUGUGGAUCUCAAACCAGAAGGAGAGUUAGUGGUGGUUCCACUGCCAGAGGAGGAACCAGAUAACAUUUUAGAACCAGAACUUCCUUCAAAACCAGAGGACAUUUCAGAACCAGAACUUCCACAAGAACCAGAAGAGGAAGUACUUGUGGAUCUUAAACCUGAAGAGGAAGUAGUGGUGGUUCCACUGCCAGAGGUGGAACCAGAGGACAUUUUAGAACCAGAACUUUCUUCAAAACCAGAAGAGGAAGUAAUUACAGAUCUUAAACCAGAAGGAGAAGUACUGGUGGUUCCAUUGCCAGAGGAGGAACCAGAGGACAUUUCAGAACCAGAAAUUCCUUCAAAACCAGAAGAGGAAGUAAUUACAGAUCUUAAACCAGAAGGAGAAGUAGUGGUGGUUCCACUGCUAGAGGAGGAACCAGAGGACAUUUUAGAACCAGAACUUUCUUCAAAACCAGAAGAGGAAGUAAUUACAGAUCUUAAACCAGAAGGAGAAGUAGUGGUGGUUCCAUUGCCAGAGGAGGAACCAGAGGACAUUUCAGAACCAGAAAUUCCUUCAAAACCACAGGACAUUUCAGAACCAGAACUUCCACCAGAACCAGAAGAGGAAGAAGUUGUAGAUCUUAAACCGGAAGGAGAAAUAGUGGUGGUUCUACUGCCAGAGGAGGAGCCAGUGGACAUUUCAGAACCAGAACAUCCUUCAGAAUCAGAGGAUUUAGUAGAUAAAUCUGAACUACAACCAGACAAAAGUGUGGCUGAAGUUUUACCACCAGCAGAAGAUCUACCGGGGAUUUUAGAGCCAGAACCCACACCAGACAAAGAAAUAGCUGAGCCAGAACCAGAACCCGAGGCAGCUGUUACUGAACCGCCAGCAGAAUCCAUUAAAAUCCUUCGUCCACUGGAUGGGAGGGACACCCUUUACUUUGGAGAAGACACUCUUCAGGUUGUUGAAGAGUCAGACUUUCUUCAGCCUGUUGGACCGGACCAGUACCGCCCAUUUGAAGACAACCUCCCCGUCGUACCAAUAGACAUCCAGCGUUCUCCAGAGACACCCGUUCAGGAGAAGCCCGUCAUCAAUGACCUUUACAUCCUGGAGGACAGUGACGGCGUGGACGUACCAGAAGAAGGUGACGUUGGAAGUGACACCACGUCAGAAACUGCCCUGAGUGAUCUAGAGGUGGAAACCACGUCUGGUGCUCCAGAAGCCACAGCUCCAGAGAAGGAAGACCGACCCGAGGCCACGGAAGACGGAGACCACUUGUCAGAGGAAACACCAGAAAGUGAUUCAUCCCCUGGAAAAGACGCCAGAGUAACGGUCGGACCAGUUUCCCAUUUCUUCCCUACGCCCCCGGCAACUUCAUUCGACGUAUCUGAAGUGGCUUCACCCAGGCCGACCAUAGACACUGGACUGUUCGAGGUCGCAGAGGAAUCUGGUCCAGCUUCUUUGGAGGAUGAGAUGGAAACGGAGCCGUCCGUCAUCAUUAUCGACGAAGAUUUAGAUGAGACGGUGGAGGACGGAGCUCCGAGCCGAACCGACCCACCAUUUACAGCCGAAGACGUCAUCGUAGGAGGUGUACAGGACUUGGCAGUGGAGCUGGACCACACUGAUGUGGCGCCGACGGAGGCGACCGAGUUGCCGGUGGACGAGGGGAGUGGCCUCCAGUCGGCGGUCGAGGAAACAACCACCGGCGUCAGCGUCACGGCCCCGCCUCCACUGAAGUAUGUGACGACGCCCUACAUGACCACGGCGCCCCAGGGCAGGGAGCUGGUGGUCUUCUUCAGUCUGCGUGUCACCAACAUGAACUUCUCAGACGACCUUUUCAACAAGACGUCGUCGGAGUACAGAACCCUGGAGAACACCUUCCUCGACGUGCUGCUGCCGUUCCUGCAGGCCAACCUGACGGGCUUCAGAAACCUGGAGAUUCUCAACUUCAGGAAGGGCAGCGUGGUGGUCAACAGCAGGAUGAAGUUCGCCAGUCGGUGCCGUACAACAUCACCGAGGCCGUCCACUGCGUUCUGGAGGAGUUCUGCUCAGCCGCCAAACACCUGCACAUCCAGAUCGACACCCACUCACUGGACGUGGAACCAGCUGACCAGCCAACCCCUGUAAGUUCCUGGCGUGUGGGGCCUUUUCUCGCUGCAUGGUGAUUGG